GUGAGUAUUUGAAGUGAGAAAGUGCAUCACUCAUAAUUAAUUUCAAGUGUAAUCAUAUCAAUUAUUGUGGAUUAUAAAAUUAGAAGAAGAAAAUAAAAGACAUGAAUUUAAUUAAAGUUAGUGUAAUAGUUGUUAUUGGAUUAUUGUCAUUUGCCUCUGCAGAUGUAUCGCAUGUUGUGCAAAAUGACACAACUUUACUACCUGUUACGGAUGUCUGCUUAGGAUGCAUUUGUGAAGCUGCUUCCGAAUGUGAUAGAAGUUUAAAAUGUUCUGGUGAUGUUUGUGGACUAUUUAGAAUAACAUGGGCUUACUGGAGUGACAGUGGAAAGCCAACACAGCAAGGAGAAACUGCGGACAGUCCAAAUGCAUAUUCGAACUGCGUAAAUGAGCCAUUCUGUGCAGCCCGUGCAAUUCAAGGCUACAUGAGACGCUUUGGACAAGAUUGUAAUGGAGAUGGACGAAUUGAUUGUUACGAUUAUGCUCGAGUCCACAAAUUUGGAGGAUAUGGAUGUCGAGGAGAGUUAGAAUAUAAAUAUCAGACGAGAUUUGAGAACUGCAUAAAGACAUUCACAAGCAAUUAAUUUUAACUUUUAAGCACAUGCUAAACUUUAUUC